AUGAAGCCCCAAAGCCUGGAUUCGCUCUUCUCCACCUGGCGCCUCUACGCCUUCAUGCUGGUGGACCUGUGUCUGUGGGCCUUUCGCAUGCUGGCCGACCUCUUCCUCGACACCAUCGGCCUGCUGCACCUGCCGCAGCGAGGGCGCAUCCCUCCGGUCACCGAUCCGCUGCUGAUGCAGCCCGCCACCGUCCUCACUGAGCGCAUUCGCAAGGGCGAGGUAAAGAGCGAGACGCUGGUGAGCGCCUACAUUGACCGCAUCAAGGUGGUCAAUCCGCUGGUGAACGCCAUGGUCAGCGACUGUUUCGAGGAGGCGCUCGCCGAGGCCCGGGCGCUGGACGUUCGCAUCCAGGCCGCCCUGGCCAGCCCUGCCACCGCCGACCAGUCGGUGCUGUCGCUGCCCCUGCUGGGCAUUCCCUUCUCCAUCAAGGAGUGCAUCUCCGUGCGGGGCCAGCCCUGCUCUGCCGGCCUCUACAGUCGGCGGCACAUUCGCAUGGAGGAGGACGCGCCGGCGGUGAAGAGCCUGCGCGACGCGGGCGCCAUCAUUCUGGGCGUCACCAAUGUGCCCGAGUUUCUCCUCUGGUAUGUUUCUGCUUUGGCUUGGGGUUUGAUUUGGUUGUUAAAUGUCGUCUUCCUGUGUAGGUGGGACACGAACAACCGCCUGUACGGUCGGACGAACAACCCCUACGACCUGUCGCGCAUCUCCGGGGGCAGCUCGGGCGGCGAGGCGGCCCUCAUGUCCGCCGGGGGCAGUCUGGUGGGCAUGGGCUCUGACAUUGGCGGCUCCAUUCGCAUUCCCAGCUUCUUCAACGGCGUCUUCGGCCACAAGCCCUCCUCGGACAUUGUCCCCUGCACCGGCAACUACCCGUACUGCGGCCACCCGGAGCGGGAGAAGUUCCUCGUCCUCGGCCCCAUCGUCCGCUACCCCGUCGACCUGAAGCUGAUUAUGCGCACCAUCGUUCACCCGCACCUGCUGCCGACGCUACGCUUUGAUGAGCCAGUUGAUCUGCGCCGGAGCAAGUUUCACUUUCUCACCUCUGACGGCGACCCCAUGAAGACGCCCGUCUGCCCGGACGUGGUGGAGGGCAUUGAGCGGGCGAGGCAGUGCCUGCGCGACCACGGCUGCGCCACCUUCGACGCCGACCUGCCCCUCCUCCGCCACAGUUUCUACAUGUGGCUCACCGCCCUCUCCGACAUGGACAGUCCGAAGCUGGCGGCGGAGGUGAUGGAGCGCAAGGGCGAGCUGAACGGCUGGCUGGAGCUGCUCAAGUCGAUGACGGUGGGCUCGCACUUUCGGAAGAUCACCUGUCUGAAUGUGAUCCUGGAGAAUGCCGUCUACUCGCAGUCCACCCGCCAGUGGCCGGUCUUUCGGCGGGUGGUGGAGCGCUGUCAGACGCUGAAGCGGCAGCUGGAGUCGCUGCUCGACGAUGACGCCAUUCUCAUUCUGCCCACUCUGCCGGAGAAGGCGCCCAAGCACAAUGGGACCUUCCUGCGGAUGAACAACUGCGGCUACACGGCCAUCUUCAACAUCAUGGAGCUGCCGGUGACGCAGGUCACCCUGGGACUGGGCAGGCGCACCGGCAUGCCCGUCGGCUUUCAGGUCGUCGGCCGACGGCUCAAUGACCGGCUGACCAUUGCCACGGCAGAGCUGCUCGCCAAGCGCUUCGACGGCUGGACACCGCCUUUUAAGGUGAACCUUUAA